CACUUGCGAAAGGCGAAAACACUUCUCGGUAAUUUACAUAAUCUUUACAACGUUAUCGCUUUCACGUUAGUUACCUCUUUAACAUCAACUGGCUGGUACGAAGCAGAUCAGUCACUUUCGAGACGCCGAAUCAACGAUACCAGGUAUACAAGCGUGGCAGUCCAAGCGGUAAAUAUAGUUGUUACAAUGUCCGAUUUCGCACGACAAAAUAAAGCCACCGACGCAAAAAUAGACACUACCACUAUUUUUGCGAGUGGUGCUUUCAAAAUCGUGUACAAAGGAAAGUAUACCAAAGGAGAAAGAGCUGGCGAAGAAUGCGUUUGCAAGAUUUUCAAAUCCGAAAGCGUCUUUGAAGAAUCGUAUUUCCAAGAAGAGCUCAAAGUGGUUGCUAAAGCACUCGAGAUUGUCAACAUGUUUAACAGAGACAAACACAUUAAUCAGAAAAUUUUGCUUAACGAACCAGAUGUGUGGACUUUUACUAGCGGGAAUAAAAAGGGAAAAAAGGCGUUGAUUGAGCCCAUGAUUACCAAUUUUGAAAAAUUCAAUUCCAACUCGGGAUGGACUCCAAAGGAAUCGUCUCCUUGGAUAAAUGCUAUGCAAGCGCUCAGUCACUUUUCGUAUCACACAAGCAAUCGUCGUGCACUCCUUUGCGACCUCCAAGGUGGCGUCUACAAGGAUGGCUUUGUUUUAACUGAUCCUGUCAUUAUAUCAACUAAUCAGGAAUAUGGACCAACAGACCUCGGUGUUGAAGGAAUUUCAACAUUUUUUGCGUCUCAUCGAUGCAACCAAUAUUGCAAGGUACAAUGGUUGGUUCCGCACGAUAAAAAAAAGCAUUUUAAUGUUCAAAAGAGUACUGCUAUGGUGCUCCCUAAUCGUCAAAGUCGCGCAGCUUUAACUUGUCAACUACCAGGCUAAUCGGAAAAUUAGUCUAUUUAACAAGAAUAAACUGAUUUGACUUAUUCUA